AUGGUUCUUGCCAUGCUGGGGGCUCUGUACCCCAGAGCUGGGCUCAGUCUCUUCCUUUUUUACCUCAUCCUGGCAGGCGCACUCCUUCGACCUCAGCCCCAGAGGUCUCAGCGAUCCGUUCCUGAGGAAUUUUCAGCCCCGCUGGAACUCUUGCAGCCGCUCUCAGACCUAGUGGAUGACUAUGGGGUCAGACCCAAGCACCCGUGGCCACGAGAGCCCCGACCCCUUCUCUCUCAGGCCCAGCAGCGCAAGCGGGAUGGGCCCAACAUGGCUGACUAUUACUAUGACGUGAAUCUGUGA